AUGUUGCGCAGCCGGGCGCUGUAUGUGAAGGCCGGUGCAAGGCGGGGGAAAACAACCGACAAAAAAAAGUCCCGUGAUAACACGCCUCAUCCUCCGCUUUUUCUAUCCCCUUCUCCAUUUGGUUUCGACCUCUGCUGCAGCUUGCGCUACAGGGUUCAGUGGCGCUGUCACGCGCCGCUAAACGAGGGAAGGGGGACAAUGUCGUGCUCAUGCACCAACGGCGGCGGCGACGACGACGAGAUGUUCACCGGGCCGUACAGGCCGGACCUGGCGAAGGUGCAGGCGAAGCUGCGCAACCUGCCGACGCUGGAGCGUCUGCUGGCAGAAAAAGACCCCAAUGCAUAUGCCGACCAACAAAUAGAGGCCGCCAUGGUUUUCAUCGAGGCCGUUGCGCAGGCGCAACCAUCGUCUGCGCAGCAGAUUGAGCAGCACCUGCGGAAGCUUAUGAAGAAGCACCGCAUGGUGGUGAAAAAGUCACUGCUACUCGCGGCCUAUCGCAGAUGGCUGCAAGCCGAGACGGGGCGCAGCGGCAACGCGGUGUUGGAGCGCUAUCUUGUCUUCAAAACGCCCAGAAGUCAGUCGGGCGUCCUCGUUGUUACUGUCUUCACCUCACCGUACCCAGAGGGGCAAAAGUUCAGCUGCAAGUGGAACUGCUACUAUUGCCCAAAUGAGCCAGGAAACCCACGCAGUUAUUUGCUCAACGAGCCUGGGGUACGCCGCGCCAACCGGCUCGCGUUUGACGCCUACACGCAAUUCCAGGACCGCGUGAGGUCGCUUGUGGCGAUUGGACACCCAGCCGACAAGGUGGAGCUGCUCGUCCUCGGUGGGACGUGGGAGAGCUACCCGCUCACGUACCGUGAGUCGUUUAUUCGUGACCUCUUUUACGCCGCGAACACCAUGCCUGAGGGCAGCGAGGGCGGUGAUGACAGCAGUGGUAAUGCCGAGGCAUCGCAGGCGCAUCCUAUACGGCCUCCACUGGACCUGAUGCAGGAGCAGAUGCUUAACGAAUCCGCCAGGUGUAAGGUCAUUGGCGUCACGCUGGAAACGCGACCGGAUACGGUAAACGAAGAAAUGCUGCAGCAGUUACGGCGAUUUGGAUGUACGCGGGUUCAGCUUGGCGUGCAGCACACUGAUGAUGCUGUGCUGCUGGCGGUCAAUCGACAGUCCACACGGGAGCAGGCGGUGCGUGCCAUCAAGCUUCUCAAGGACAGCUGUUUUAAGGUCGACAUUCAUCUCAUGCCAGACUUACCAGGUUCAACGCCAGCGGGGGAUAAAGCGAUGUUUGAUGAUGUUCUCUACUCACCCGAUCUGCAGGCUGAUCAGUGGAAGAUUUACCCCUGUCAGACAACGCCCUUUACAGUGAUUGAGCAGUGGUUCAAGGAGGGGAAGUAUCAACCCUACGGUCUGGACAACCUCAUUGAGGUCAUACUGCACGCAAAGCGUCGGGUACAGCCGUGGGUGCGUCUAAACCGCGUCAUACGCGACAUUCCACAUGACUACAUUCUUGGCGGUGUGGAGGUGUCUAACCUGCGGCAACUGCUUGCGGCACAGCUUCAGCGGGAGGGCUCACGCUGCCAGUGCAUUCGCUGUCGCGAGGUCAAGACAGACGCGGCGGCCGCACACAAACUUGAGGAGGCGAUGCUGGUGGAGCGCCGCUAUGCCGCCAGUGAGGGGGAAGAAGUCUUCGUGUCGUAUGAGACCAUGGAUGGCUUGACGCUUUUUGGCUUUCUGCGUCUUCGGCUGCACAUUCAAAACUGGGUAACUCCAUUUGACGAGCUGCGCUUGUGUGCGCUGAUUCGCGAGCUGCACGUGUAUGGGCGACUGGUACCAACACACACGAAGGGUGACGCGGCAAAAACCCAGCACCGUGGCGUGGGAUCGUUGCUGUUGGAGCGGGCCGAGAGCAUCGCACGCGCGGCGGGGUAUAGCAAGAUCGCCGUCAUCAGUGGUGUCGGGGUGCGCAACUACUACCGCCGCAAAGGGUACGUUAUGGUGUCGCGCCCAAGCUGUGGGGCCUUUCUUAUGAAGGAGCUACAGGUAAUAACUAAUGCAGAGGAUAAGCGGGAGGUGGCGGCGGCGCAUGCACGCGAAGAGGGCCGGCGAGAGGGUGGCGAAGGCGCAACGGAGGUGGAACCCACCACCACGUUGCAUACGGAAGAAGCGGAGGUGCGCAGCGCCGGUGGCUGGUGGCGGCGGUACAUUAAUGCCCUCCUGGGCCGUUGGAAGCGACCACGGGAGGCGGAGUGA